AAAGAGGAGCUUCUCUGUGUGUAUGUAUGUGUAUGUGUGUGUGUUUACACCGAACGCGUUCACGCGCAGCUGCUGCGCUCGUGCCCUAAGCCGCUCCGUAUAUAUGUUUCGUUUUCGAUUUCGGCGUCAAACCUCGACGUGCGGCGACGUUACACGGUAACACAAGAAGGAAGUGCGACAAAAAAAACAACAACAGAACGAAACAACGCACUAGUGUGUGUGUGUGUGUGUGUGUGUGUGUGUGUGUGUGUGUGUGUGUGUGUGUGUGUGUGUGUGUGUGUAAGUGUAAUCGGCGUCAUGGAGGAGCAGGCGGUGGAAGUGCGGGGCGCGAGCGGGGCUUUCUACAAGGCUUUGGUGAAGGAUGUGCACGAGAACACGGUCACUGUGGCGUUCGAAAACAAUUGGCAGCCGGAGCGACAGAUCCCUUUUCAUGACGUGCGGUUCCCUCCUCCUCCUGGGGCUCAGAAAGAGAUCACUGAGAGCGACGAGGUCGAGGUGUACUCCAGGGCAAACGACAAGGAGCCAUGUGGGUGGUGGCAAGCCAAAGUGCGCAUGGUGAAAGGCGAGUUUUACGUGAUCGAAUACGCAGCUUGCGACGCCACGCUCAACGAGAUCGUCACGUUAGAGAGGCUGCGGCCCAUAAACCCCAACAAAGCCACCACAAAGAACCACUUCCUGAAAAUCAGACUGGACGUUCCCGAAGACUUGCGACAGAUCUGCGCAAAAGACUCGGCUCACAAGGAUUUCAAAAAAGCCGUGGGAGCAUUCAACGUCACGUAUGACUCCGAUAAGAAGCAGCUAGUCAUUCUGUCCGUCAACGAGGUGACCGCUAAACGGGCGACGAUGCUGACAGACAUGCACUUCAGGAGCCUGCGCACCAAAAUGUCCCUCAUGCUAAGGAACGAAGAGGCCAGCAGGCAGCUGGAGAGCUCCCGUCAGUUAGCGUCGAGGUUCCACGAGCAGUUCGUGGUGCGCGACGAUCUGAUGGGUUUGGCCAUCGGCACCCACGGGGCCAACAUCCAACAGGCUCGCAAAGUUCCCGGGGUCACCAACAUUGAUCUUGACGAAGAGACGUGCACCUUCCACAUCUAUGGAGAGGACCAGGAGGCUGUGCGCAAAGCCAGGAGCUACCUGGAGUUUUCAGAAGAUGUUAUCAGGGUACCCAGGAAUUUAGUAGGAAAAGUCAUCGGGAAGAGCGGGAAGCUGAUUCAGGAAGUCGUGGACAAGUCCGGAGUCGUCCGUGUGAGAGUGGAACCGGAAAACGAGAAGAAAUCCUCUCCAUUGGAGGAGGGCAUGGUGCCGUUUGUUUUUGUCGGGACUAAAGAAAGCAUCUCGAACGCACGCCUACUGCUUGACUACCAUCUCAACUAUCUGAAGGAAGUUGAUCAGUUGCGGAUGGAGAGGCUUCAGAUCGACGAGCAGCUACGGCAGAUUGGCGGAGGCCCCAGAGCUCCAUCAGGCCGACCGGAGAAGGAAAAAACGUUCAGCUCUGACAACGGCAUGGGACAUCCCCGAGGGGGCAAGCCGUACGGUCGCGGGGGGCGAGGACGACGAGGACCUACGUUUGCCUCUGGCACCAAUUCUGAAGCGUCGAACGCAUCCGAGACUGAAUCCGACCACAGAGACGAGCUGAGCGACUGGUCUCUGGCCCCCACCGAUGAAGAAUCUGUGGGUUACCCCAAACGCGCCCCAGAAGGCCGGAAGAGGGGGGGCGCUAGCGGUCGAGGACGAGGAGGACGAGGAAGAGGAGGCGGUUACAAAGGUGAGGACGUACACUGGAGCGAGUCACGUCCCCGGAACUCCAGAGAUUCCAAGCCGAGGCUGCAGGAGGAUUCACUACAGAUUCGCGUCGACAGCAAUAACGAGAGGAGCGUCCACGCCAGCCGAGGCCCUCAGGGGCCCAGUGGCGACCCCAGCGGCCCCCGACAGAGAAACAUCAAGGAGCGAGGGAUAAAGAAAGAGAAGCAAGAAGGGCAAGACAGCCAGGUCGUCAUGAACGGCGUGUCGUAAUCGAAAAUCCCCCAACCCCCCUCAUGUCUAAUCUCCCAAACACCUCCACCGUUCCAGAAGCUUCUUUCAUUAGAGACACAUUAGGCCAAAGAGAACCAGGUCAGUAGGGCUUAAGGAAAAAACAAACAAAAAAAAAAAAGACAUGACAUCAAGCACAUUUUGUAACUGUUAACGGGGGUACUAGACAAAAUCGUCUCUGCUGUCUCAGAAUUUUGUAGUCACGUUGAUUAGAGGUGUCAGUCUCUAAAUCGGAGGUUUUGUAAUCGACUUUCUAGGCAACUAACGAAGAUGUGGGUGUGUUUAAAAACCAACAAAAAAAAAAGUGUGUUUUGAUUUUUUUUUUUUCACAUCAGGGGGACAUCGGAUUUGAUUCAAAUAUUUGUGCCAUCUCUCGUGGCAGUUUUCUUUCCCCUACUGUUCUGUGUCUGGUUGUUAUAGAGCCCAUUAUGAUGAGGUUCCAUUUAAAAAAAAACAAACAAACAAAAAAAAGUUUUGACUAAUAGACAUACUUUUAGAUGAUCUGUGCCUUUAAGUAGUGGGAUAGUUUCUGAAUUUGGAUCUCUAAAUCAGGGAAGACGACAUGGAUUCUGCAUUAUCUCAGCCAGUCAGUAAAAAUAAACCAUGGUGCAUGUACAGUA